CCGACGGUACCAUGUACGCUGGACGCCGACGGAGGAAGCCCGUGCCCAGGACGGCCAAGUUGCCUCCCUCUGAAGGUGUCAAGGCAAACCCCUCCAAGCGGCACCGGGAGAGGCUGAACUCUGAGCUAGAGUGCCUGGCCAGCCUGCUGCCCUUUCCCAAUGAGGUCAUCUCCAGCUUGGAUAAAUUGUCCAUUCUCCGACUUACUGUCAGCUACCUGCGCACUCAAAGCUUCUUCCAAGUCACCCGGAAGAGCAGCUGUGCCAAGGAGUGGUCUGCAAGCCACAGCCACGAUGGGGACAGAAGCUGGCGAUGCACAGGCGCAAUCGUGCCCGAGGGCAAACUUCUCCUGCAGGCCCUGAAUGGUUUUGUGCUGGUGGUCACCUCUGAGGGGUUAAUCUUCUACUCCUCUCACACUAUUCAGGACUAUCUGGGAUUCCAUCAGACAGAUGUUUUACAUCAAAGUGUCUUUGAGCUGAUCCACACAGAAGACCAACCAGAAUUCAGGCGCAAUCUUCGCUGGAGGCCAUCAUCAACCCCUGAACCUGAAAGCGAUCAGGCAUGCUCCGGUGAAACAACGUUCAGCCCAUCUGGUAGCAGCACCAAGACGGAGGAGCUCCCCCCAGAGAACUCAGCACUCCUAGAACGGAGCUUUGUCUGCCGCUUCCGAUGCCUGCUCGAUAACUCAUCAGGCUUCCGGGCUUUAAGCCUUCAGGGCAGGCUGAAGCCGCUGCACGGGCAGAACCACAGAACCAAGGAUGGCGCUCCAGUGCCGCCUCAGCUGGCACUCUUUGCCAUCUCUACUCCUCUGCAACCUCCAUCCAUUCUGGAGAUCAGAACAAGAACACUGACCUUCCGGACCAAGCACAAGCUGGAUUUCACCCCUCUGGCCUGUGAUGCCAAAGGGAAGCUUGUGCUCGGCUACACGGAGGCAGAGCUGCACAUGCGAGGGACCGGCUAUCAGUUUAUCCAUGCUGCCGAUAUGCUCUACUGUGCUGAGAAGCAUAUCCAGAUGAUGAGAACUGGGGAAAGUGGCCUGACAGUGUUUCGUCUUCUGACCAAAGAAAAUCGUUGGCGAUGGGUCCAGUCUAAUGCCAGGCUCGUCUAUAGAAAUGGCAAACCUGAUUACAUCAUCGCCACUCAGAGGCCUCUUGUGGAUGAAGAAGGAGGAGAGCACCUUCAGAAAAGGUCUCUACAGCAUCCUUUUACCUUUGCUACUGGGGAAGCACUUCUGUAUAAAGCCACCCACCCAGAUCCUGGUUUUCCUGACCCUUUCCAAACUCAAGGAAAAAUGCUUAAAUUCAAGAAGUCUCCCAAAGGAGAAAAGAGCCAGCUAGAUCUCCGAGUUCCUAAUUCACUUCAUGGUGCCAUGAUGCAACAGGAUGCAGCCAUCUGUGUGUCCCAUGCAGCAGUGACUCAAGAACUUGGCUGCAGCAGUGACACCUUCAGCCAGACCGAAGACCCCUUUGUGCCUCGGGUAGCAGGAGACAUCCUGGAUGGUUCCUCAAAGAUGAUUUCCUCUGAGGAUGAGCCUAAGGAACUGGUUGAUUUGAAUCAAGGAGCUUCCCUUCUAACUACCCUGGAUUCCUUCUCUCUUGACUAUGAUGAGAAUUGCUCCAAUAACGAGCUCUUGAGUGCUCUGGAGAACCUGGGACUUAAUGCUGAGGAGCUGGAGCUCCUGCUGCUAGAUGAGUGGAGGGUGAAAGGAGGGGAGAAUUCAGGCUCUAGUCCCUCUUUUAAUGAUAUGUUAACAAACAGGGAAAUCUCAUCCCAUGUUUAUAGCUCCCUCAUGAAGAAAAAUGAGUCUGAGCAAGUUGGGGGUCCCCAGGCUUCCUUGAAAACUCAUGCUUUGUUGAGCCCAAGCCAAGAACCUGAAGUCAACAGUUCUCAUAUGGCACAUCAACGUCCACUUCAUUUAUCACAGGAACCACCACCCAGCCAGCUAGCCCAAAUACUGUGCCUUCCAAAUACAAUGCAACACCAUGUUGUAAGCCAGAAGCAGCCAAGCCACCUUCCUUGGGAGCCUGGUCCACCUCACCCUACAACAAAUGAGAGACGUAACAGUUGUGAGCCAUGGGGGCAUCUGUCAGUAAUGUCUCAGGAUCUCUCUACUCAUUUCAUACAGUCACCUGCAGAUAUCCAGCAACAGUGGCCACCAUCCAACAUUUCAGGCCUUCUGAGCCCAUGCUUCCCCCACCUAUCCUUAGAAAAUCCUUGCCAGACCAAACAGAAUCAGCAGCAGCUGGAGAAUCCUUUGAGAUCACAGCAUGAAGGUUGCCAACCCCUAUUUCAGCGUCAGCUUCUACACCAGCUUCAUGUUCAGCCUCAGCAGCACCAUGGCCAUGGACCCUUAGAAUCAGGGACGCUCCUACAACCUAACCCUGACCAGAACUUACUUAUGACCAGGAGCCAGAGCUCUGAUUCAUUCAGUCAACAAGUUCUAGGUGGCAACUUGUGGCCAAACCAUGCCUCCAGGAUUCAGCACCCAAAUCAAAGAAAACUUCUGAGCCAGGCAGGGAACAGUUCUAGACCACAGCUCUACUCAAGAAAUGCUCAACUAGAUUCCAGCAAGUCCCAGGCCCAGGCCAACCAGGAUAGAUUGGACAAUAUGGAUACUGGCAAAAGUCAUGGGACAGGAGCUGAGAUGGUGCCUGGACAAAGAUUCCUGCCCCCUUGCACAUGUCACCCCAUCCCUUUAAAACCUUCUGCAUCCAUUUCUUCUGAGGCCAUGUUUCCAUUUCAGAAUUUCACUUCUCAUCAUUUUAUUAAUGGAGAUGGGUGCCAGGAGACACUGGCAAGAAAUAUGUGUGGAUUGACCAACAGCCCUGUGGAAUCCUGGGGAGACUUCCUCCUGCCCAGUGGACAGCCCACUGCCACCACAGAGAGACACUCCUGCCCCAAAGUGUUUCCUCAGUCAUCACCUUCCUCCAGAGGUGGCUUUUAUUUUUGA